AUGGCCGAUACACCGGAACCCUCGUCUACACAGCAGAGCCUGGUUAUUCCAAAUGCGGGGGUCAGUGCGAACGCCGAGUCCAACCGCUCUCUGCCGCGCAAAGACACCGACAAUACCACACAAACCCUGGAGGAUCUAGCGAGGCAAAAUGUGGCUCCGUUCCUCGCAAAAUAUCAGCCGCGACAAUAUGCGCCUUUGCGCUCGCAAGUUUCAACUCCAUCUGAGCAAAACCUAGUCAAUGCCAGCUACUGCUAUCGUCAUCAACCGGACUCAAAAUGCAGCAGACGCCAAGCUGAUGAACAGUCGAUGACCCAGCUGCAAUCCGAGCUGAACUUACUUCCUCAAAGUGACCAACAGGGUAUUUCCCAUGUGUGGUCGUUGUUCUCCGCUGCUCCAGCGAAACAACGAACUCUCAUGCUUCAGGGAAUUCUGGCGCAGUCCUGCUUCCCCCAACUAUCCUACAUCUCCGCCAGUGUCCGUGAUCUCAUCCGAAUCGAUUUCCUCGGUGCCCUCCCUCCGGAGCUGUCCUUCAAAAUUCUCCGUUACCUGGACACAGCCUCCUUGUGCCGAGCAGCACAAGUUUCUCCCCGCUGGAGAGCCCUCGCCGAUGAUGAUGUGGUGUGGCACCGGAUGUGCGAGCAGCAUAUCCGCCGAAAGUGUAACAAGUGCGGUUGGGGUCUUCCUCUUCUAGAUCGCAAGCGUCUGCGCGAAGCCAAGCGUGAGAUUGAAUUACGCGCCACCAACUGGGGCAACAACGAGCCUGCCGUUGGGUCGACUGAAGCCGCAAUGAUUGAAUCUUGCUCGACAGUCAAACCUUCAGCCAGUGGCAAACGCAAGAUGGAAUCCGACGAUGAAUCCUCCGCCCUUGCAAAGCGCCAUUGUGCAUCGCCUCCCCAGACUCCUGAAGAAGACGAGAGUUACUUCAAAACUCGUUACCGUCCGUGGAAGGAGGUUUAUCGGGAUCGAUUUGUUGUCGGUAUGAAUUGGAAGCACAAGCGCUGCUCUGUCAAGGUCUUCAAGGGCCACAGAGACAGUGUCAUGUGUUUGCAGUUCGAGGACAAUAUCUUGAUGACUGGGUCCUAUGAUGCUACGGUUAAGAUCUGGGACACAGAUACUGGCGAAGAAUUGAGAACUCUCAAAGGCCACGUUGCUGGAGUGCGAUGCCUCCAGUUCGAUGACACCAAGUUGAUCACUGGUAGUCUGGAUCGCAGCAUCAGAAUCUGGAACUGGCGUACAGGCGAAUGUAUCUCUAAGUACAAUGGCCACGCCGAAGCGGUCAUCGCCCUCCACUUUGAUUGCACUCUUCUUGCAUCCGCCUCCGUCGAUCGCACUGUCAAAAUCUGGAAUUUCAAGGACAAGUCUACUUUUGUUCUUCCCCACCCACAGGGAGUCAACGCUGUCAAAAUCGACUCGGUUUCGCGCACAGUUUUGACCGCUUGCGACGAUGGUGCCGCACGCCUUUGGGACUUGGACACCAAGACUUGCAUCCGAGUCUUCCAUAACCACAUCGGCGCCGUUCAGCAAGUUCUUGCUUUGCCCCGAGAAAUUGAACUGGAGAAUCACCUCGCCGACUGCGAGAACGACCACGUAAGCACAUCUUCUCAAAAUGGCGACAACAUCCUGAGCACACUUUCCCCUCUUCUCGAGGCCAAGUCUCUAUCUCUCCAGAACUCACCAUUCGGCUCUUCCUUUGACCAGGAUCAAGGCCGCAUUGAACCCCCGCGCUAUAUCAUCACCAGCGGUGUGGACACAACCAUCCGAUUGUGGGAAACCAGCACCGGAAGAUGCCUUCGUACCUUCUUCGGACAUCUGGAAGGUAUUUGGGCUCUUUCUGCUGAUACCCUGCGGAUUGCCUCUGGUGGCAUGGAUCGCAUGGUCAAGAUAUGGGAUCCUCGUGUUCCUACCGGCCAGGAUACCUAUGAAGGUCACAGCGCAGCUGUAAACUGCAUUGGUCUGAGCGACAGCCGCUUCAUCACUGGUGGUGAUGACUACCAAGUUCGCAUGUACGAUUUCCGGGCCUAG